UUGACAUGUCUUUGCCAUUAUAGAUCCAUGGUUCUUGUUACCAAUGAAUAGUGUUACCCGGCACCCAUUCUUACGAAUUUAUAAUCUAAGGUUUCCAGUCGUUUCUUGAGCGUAGCGUGUUUUAACUCAUUGAGAGAAUUAACUAUUUCCUAUAAGAGUUUAAAAUAUUGUAAAGAAAAGUGUCGCGAGAAAUCAUCUCCAAUACUCAGAGGAACGAAGUUCCUUACAAACUCGCGUACAAACUUCGUAAUCAACCCGACCUAAAAAACGUGACCAACUUGUCGAGAAUGACGGCAAUAACGGCAAGCGGCGAUGGACGAAGCGCCCAUGGACAGGCCUAUAAAGAUAAAAGUAAACCAACAGAUAUUCGUAGCAGCAAUAUCAAUGCUGCGAAAGCUGUCAGUGAUGCAAUUCGUACCAGUCUUGGUCCUAGAGGAAUGGAUAAAAUGAUUCAAGCUGGGAACGGAGAAGUUACAAUUACAAAUGAUGGUGCAACAAUCUUAAAAGAAAUGAAUGUUGUACAUCCUGCAGCAAAAAUGUUAGUUGAAUUAUCAAAGGCACAAGAUAUUGAAGCUGGAGAUGGUACUACAAGUGUUGUUGUUAUGGCUGGUUCUCUUCUAGAAGCUGCAGAGCGUUUGUUGCAAAAGGGAAUACAUCCUACUUUAAUCAGCGAUGCUUUCCAAAAAGCUGCAGUUAAAGCUGUAGAAAUAUUGACAAAUAUGUCUAUUUCUGUUGAUUUAAAAGACAAACAAUCACUGAUUAGAGCUGCAGCAACCUCCUUAAACUCAAAGGUUGUCUUUCAACAAUCAAGCCUUUUAGCACCACUUGCUGUAGAUGCAGUAUUAAAAGUUACCGAAGAAGGGAAAGAAAUUGCUGUAGAUCUUAAUAACAUAAAAGUAAUCAAGAAGUUAGGAGGUACAGUUGAAGACACCGAACUUGUAGAAGGAUUAAUAUUUACACAAAAAUCUUGUAAUGUUAAUGGACCGAAACGUAUUGAAAAAGCAAAAAUAGGUUUAAUUCAAUUCUGCAUUUCUCCACCUAAAACGGACAUGGAUCAUAAUGUAAUCGUAUCCGAUUACGCUGCAAUGGAUCGUGUUUUGAAGGAAGAAAGAACUUACAUAUUAAAUAUCGUGAAGCAAAUUAAAAAAGCUGGUUGCAAUGUACUCUUAGUACAGAAAUCCAUUCUUCGCGACGCUGUCAGUGAUUUAGCUAUACAUUUUUUAGAUAAAAUCAAAGUUAUGGUGAUUAAAGACAUUGAACGUGAGGAUAUUUCAUUCGUAUGUAAAACGUUAGGUUGUAGACCAAUCGCGUCAUUAGAUCAUUUUGUCGCUGAUAAUCUUGUUAAUGCAGAAUUAUGUGAAGAAGUACAGACUGGAAGCUCUAAGUUUGUUAAGAUCACUAAAAUACAAAAUCCUGGACCAACAGUGACAGUUCUUGUACGAGGUAGUAAUAAAUUGGUCUUAGAAGAAGCGGAACGUUCAUUGCACGACGCAUUAUGUGUAGUACGCUGUUUAGUGAAACAAAAAGCUCUAAUUGCUGGAGGAGGAGCACCUGAGAUAGAGCUUGCACUAAAAUUAGGAGCAUAUGCACAAACUUUAUCGGGCGUUGAUGCUUAUUGUAUUAAAGCUUUUGCAAAUGCAUUCGAGACAAUUCCGUCGACCCUAGCGGAAAAUGCCGGAUUGAAUCCUAUUGCAACUGUAACGGAACUUCGAAACCGACACGCUAAGGGUGAACAUACUACUGGUAUUAAUGUGCGAAAAGGUUCAAUUACUAAUAUCUUGGAAGAAAAUGUGAUUCAACCACUUUUAGUUUCUAUAAGCGCCAUUACACUAGCUUCGGAAACUGUCCGCAGCAUAUUAAAGAUUGAUGAUAUCGUGAAUACAAACCAGUAAUUUAUAGAGAAUAUGAAUUUUACAUCUAAAUUGCACUGCAAAUAUUUUCUCCAUUAAGAAAUGCUGCUGAAACUAUGUUGACUUUAUAAUCUACAAUUUGUUAAAUUAAUGAAAUCAAAUUGCUUAUUAACGUUCUCAAUUUCUUUUAUUU